AUAUUAAGAGCUCACAUAAACAAAAAAAAAAAAGGAUCUCUCCCAAAUCCACAAACCCCACUAUCAAUUCCUCUCCCCCAUCACUCUCUCUUUCUCUCGUUUUCUUCGGCUGUGAAGCAACAGGAACUUCUAAAAUCCCUGGAUUUCCACAAACCCCCCUGAAAAAAAGUUUCGAUUUUUGGUUGAGUCUGUGGGAGAGAGAGAGAGAGAAACAGAGACGAAUCUCUUGAAUGCAAUGUGAGUGCGAGAGAGAGAGAGAGAGAGAUCAACGAAGAAGAAGAAGGAAAGUUUGCUUUUUUCCACACUCGGAAGCACAACAAUGGUGGCCGCAGCAAUCUCCGGCACCGACCCGAGAAACCCACCUCGAGAUCGACCCAACAAUGGCGGAGGACAGAGAAGACCUAGAGGAAAACAGGUCCCCUCUCGCUACUUAUCUCCUUCUCCUUCUCACUCCCUCUCCUCCUCCACCACCACAACGACAACAACAACAACCUCCUCUUCUUCCUCUUCCUCUUCGCUAAAGACGAGCAAACGCUACCCAUCUCCUUUACUCUCCAAUUCCGCUUCCAAUUCGAACAAAACGCCGUCGUUUCUACCCAAACGGUCCCAAUCCGUGGACCGACGCCGUCCCUCGCCGUCUCCGGCCACCGAAAUGUCGGCGGCGACGAAGAUGCUCAUCACCUCCACCAGGAGCUUGUCGGUUUCCUUCCAAGGCGAAGCCUUUUCCCUUCCCAUCAGCAAAAAGAAGGAAACCGCCGCCGCCGCUCCCGUUUCUCACCGGAAACCUACUCCCGAGCGGCGGAGAUCGACGCCGGUUCGAGAUCACAGGGAGAACUCCAAGCCUGUGGACCAGCAGCUCUGGCCUGGAGCCUCCCGAUCCGUCCCCCCGAACCCGCUUUCAAGAAGCUUAGACUGCGGUAACGAAAGAGGAAAGCUCGGAUCUGGUGAGAGCCCUAGGGUUUCUAUUAAUGGAAGGUUGAGUUUAGAUAUGGAAGGUAGAGAUCAUGGUGAGUAUUUGGAAACUGGGAGAAGACCAAACAAUAAUGACUUAACCGCUUCUGAUACUGAUAGUGUCUCUUCCGGUAGCACUAAUGGAGGAGAACUCUCAAAGUCAAAGAGCUUGCCACGUAACGUCAUGGCUUCCGCUAGGUUCUGGCAAGAGACUAACACCCGGUUAAGGAGGUUGCAAGAUCCUGGCUCUCCUCUAUCCUCUUCCCCCGGUUUGAAAACUAAUGUGUCGUCAUCAAAGUUUGGUCAUUCCAAAAGGUUCUCUAGUAGCGAUGCUGUUCCUUCAUCGUCUCCUCGUGGUAUGGCCUCUCCUGUGAGAGUUGCUUCUGCUAAUAUUCGGUCUGCUUCGCCGAGUAAGCUUUGGGCGACGACUACUUCGUCUCCGGCUAGAGCGCUUUCUAGCCCUUCUCGAGUGAGGAACGAGGUUUCUGCUCAGAUGAACGCUUAUAACCGCAACAUCAACACGCCUUCGAUUCUUAGCUUCUCUGCUGAUGUAAGGAGAGGGAAGAUUGGGGAAGAUCGUGUUAUGGAUGCGCAUUUGUUGAGGCUUCUGUAUAACCGUUAUCUUCAGUGGCGGUUUGUCAAUGCGAGGACUGAGUAUACUUUAAUGGUGCAAAGAUUAAAUGCAGAGAAAAACUUGUGGAAUGCAUGGGUAUCAAUCUCAGAACUGCGCCACAGCGUCACGUUAAAGCGAAUCAAGUUGCUUUUGCUAAGGCAGAAACUGAAACUGGCUUCUAUUCUCAGGGGACAGAUGGGAUAUCUAGAAGAAUGGUCUCUUAUGGACAGAGAUCAUUCAAGUUCUUUGUCUGGAGCGACCGAAGCUUUGAAAGCCAGCACGCUUCGUCUACCAAUUGUUGGAAAAACCGUGGUUGAUAUCCAAGAUCUUAAGCAUGCUGUUAGUUCAGCGGUCGAUGUAAUGCAAGCUAUGUCGUCUUCCAUAUUCUCACUUACGUUGAAGGUUGAUGAAAUGAAUUCUGUAAUGGUGGAAGCGGUGAAUGUAACUGCAAAGGAAAAGGUUUUGCUUGAAAGAUGUCAAGGCUUCUUAUCAAGAGUAGCAGCUAUGCAGGUGACGGAUUGUAGCAUGAAGACGCACAUAAUACAACUAAGACCAAUCACAAGCAGCUUGACUUCACAACAACUGUAGAAAGAAAAAAACUGAUCUUCCUCAACAGAACAGAUUUGUUCUUUUUGACUACUACAACAACAACAACUAUUCUCACCAAGAACAGAUUUGCUAACACGGUGUGCCUUUCCCUUCCUCCGAAUCACUGUCCUUAUCGUUUUCAAAAGGUGAGAUUCGCAGUCUAUCAUCAUCAUCCCUCUAUGCUCACUCUCUCUUGCUUCUGGUAGUUCUACGUUUGUUUGUUUUUUUUUCAUGUAAGAUUGCAAGUAGUAAUGCCUUCUAAAAAGUAAGUAAGCUUUAGUUUUUGUAUACAAAAAGUUUUAUAUAUUCCUAAUGGUUCUUUGGUUUGUGUACAUAGUAAUUGUAUUAUGACACACUGAUCUUGUCUGCUUUUUUUUUUAGUUGUAGACUUGCCACCGUUUUUUUAUUUAUGUUAAGAUGUCUUGUCGUUUC